AGUCAAGAAAGUACAGCGGCGCCAGAAAUCAUUUAAAUCUAAUUUGUUGUGCGAAUAGGAUGUUUAUCUACAUGCACAUCUUGAAAUACGUUGUAAAAUUUUAAAGGUUUUCAAAAUGGGAACAAUAUAUUUUCGAGUGAUUAUUUUUUUGUGUAUAAUGUGCUGUGCAAAUUGCAUUUUGUACUCAAUAAAUAUAGCAAAAGGACCGUCAGAAAAAGACUGGAAGCAAUAUAAAUUAGAUUACAACAAAACUUACGGAUCCAAAGAACAAGAACAAAAUCGUCAUAAAAUCUUCAAGCAAAACUGGAAUAACAUCCAAAAACACAACAAGCGACAUGCCAAAGGACUGGAAACAUACUUACAAGAAGUAAAUAUUUUUGCGGACUUAACAGAAAAGGAAUUUUCUGAUAUAUAUGGAUUGGAUGAAAGUGAAAAUAUAACGAAAUAUACCCAGGAUGUAACAGUAAAUAAGACGAAAUCUUAUCAAAAUGGUACUGACCAAUUUUGGGACUGGAGAGAUGCUGGUGCUGUAACUGCUGCGCAAAAUCAGGGACACUGUGGUUCCUGCUGGGUAUUUUGUGCGGUGGGUCUCUUGGAAAGCUACCACUUUCGAAAAACAAAAAAACUCCUAGACCUCAGUGAACAAAAUAUAGUAGAUUGCCAUUCAAAAUCAAGUUGUUCAGGAGGAAGUCCACUACUUGCUCUUCAAUUUGUAAAGAAAAACGGAAUCCAUCUUGAAAGCAAUUACCCAUACACGGGGAAACAAAAUGACUGCGCAAACGUAACCGUACCCCCUAUAAAUAUUUAUUUCCAAAAUGCCUAUGUGGUUAUUGGUGACGAUGAUGAAUUAAAAGAAAAAAUUUUGAAACAAGGACCUUUGGCAGUUAGUGUAUACGCUUCAUCUCAAUGGAUGUUUUAUAAAAGUGGUGUUUGGUAUCAUAAUCAAUGUUCAUCAGAAAGUAAUCACUGUUUACUUCUAAUCGGAUAUGGAUCAGAAAAUGGAAAUGAUUACUGGUUAUUUAAAAAUUCCUGGGGAAGAAAGUGGGGAGAGGAUGGUUUUAUUAAAAUAGCACGAAAUAGGCAUGAAAAUUAUUGCGGGAUUGAUUCUGGAAUACAUCUACAAUAAGUUAUGCAUUCAGAAAAAUAAAUAUUGGAAUUUGGGUAGAAAAAGUUGGAGUAGAAUUAGAGCAAGACUAAAUUUUGAUCACAAAUCGGAGUGAAAAGAGUUUACUUACUAUGGAAAUAAAUCAUAAUAAUAAUAAUA